CGCCGACCUCAACCAAAACUAAACAGAGGAAAUAGCGGAGAGAGGCGGGCUGUAGCGGUUGGCGCCGGGCGGGUGGACGGUUGAAGUUGUUCUGCUGAUGUGUCACCGUGUUGUUAAAACAUUAUAACGUCGCUCUCCGCGAUGGCUUCGUUCGUAACCGAGGUGCUCGCCAGCUCCGGGAAGCUGGAGAAAGAGGACCUGGCCAGCAAAAUAAGCAAGAUGUCCCGGAAGGUGGACGAUACCAAGGAGGAAGUGUGCGACAUGAUAAACAAGAAGUACAGCGAGUUUUUACCAAACCUUCAGGCAUCAGAGGACCUAAUGCAGCAGGUCGACGCAGUUUCCAAAGAGAUGGAGGUUCUUAAAAACUGCAUAGAAUGUGAGGUGCAGAAAAACAUCCACGUGGCGGCGAACGAAUACACAAAGCUGAAGCAGCAGCUGGAGAAGAACACUACGGUCAUAAAAAUGCUCGAACACUUAAAAGAGUUUCACAGUUCGAUGGAGGACUUCAACAAAGCACUACAGGAGAAGAAGUAUGUGGACGCCGCCACCCAUCUAGGAACGGCAAGGAAAAGCGUGGAUUCGCUGAAGGACUGGAAAACAUCCGAGCUGCCGCUGCUCAGUUCUCUGAGCUCUGAGCUGACGGUGCAGAGAGAGAAUCUGAUUUAUCACCUGGGGGACGAGUGGAAGCGCCUCGUCGUCUGGAGACUACCGUCCUCCAAGGACGCUGCCGGUCCGACGGCCUUCCACAAGGUAGACCUGGUGCUGAGCGCCGCCUGCAGCAAAGACGACGAGCCGAAGCCGACCCCUCUGCUCUGCUCCAUCCUGCAAGCUCUCGCUGUCCAGGGAGACCUUCAGAGCAAGAUCAAGCUCUUCAGUCAGGUCCUUUUGAAGAACAUGCUGAAGCCGCUGGUCAUGUACGCGUCUCUUAUACUGACUGUAUCAAAGCAGCAAGGCGAGGGAAUCAUCCUGAGCCUGGAGUGCUUAGACGAGGACCAUGAGAGGAGAUCCAAGCCCUCAGAGGUCUACUCCAAACUUCUGCUGAUGCUAAAUACGCUACACUCACACCUGCUGGAUGUGUCCAUCGGAGAUAAAAAGCUCUCCGCUAUCCUCGGGGAGCUGAUUUGGGAGGAAAUGUCAAAGUGCAUCAUCCACGAGUGUCUUGUCUACUCUAUACCCACCAACAGCAGCGAACUGGAAAGAUACAACAUCGUGAUUAAAGAGACGGAGGCGUUCGAGAAGGCUCUGGCGGACAUGGAGUUUCUGCAGGGCGACUCCACCGACCUGCUCAAAUACGCCCGCGACGUCAACUGCCACUUUGCCAGCAAGAAGUGCCGCGACGUCAUCGUGGCGGCGCGCAAACUCAUGACCUCCAAGAUGCACAACACCGUUAAAAUCAGCCCAGAGUCGAAGCUGCGGCUCCCUAAGCUGCGUCCUCCCAGUUCAGAGGUGAAAGUGAAGCAGGAGGUGGUGAAGGAAGAGGCGACGAUGGAGAACUCCAAGCAGUUGUCCGCCUGCAGUCUGCGCCUGCCAGCCUGUCGCAUCAGCGAGUCGGUGCAGCAGCUGAUGGAGCUGGCAGUCAACACGCUGUGCGAGGCCGUUGGAAGCUCCACACAGUGCGCCUUGCAGCUCUUCUUCACCGUGAGAAACAUUUUUCAGCUCUUCUAUGAUGUUGUGCCGACGUACCACAAGGAGAACCUGCUGAAGUUUCCUCACCUCGCCGCCGUGCAGCACAACAACUGCAUGUACCUGGCGCACCACCUGCUCACCCUGGGUCACCUGUUCAGAGCCCACCUGCCGCAGCCCCUCAGUGAGGGCGUUGCGACCUUCGUUGACAUGGUGCCUGGAUUCAGGAAACUGGGAGCUCAGUGCUUCUUAGCCCAGCUAAACGUCCAGAGAGCCGAACUCCUCGAGAGACUGUCCACCGCUCACAACUUCUGCAACCUGGACGAUGAAGACAACUACAUCGCAGCCAGCAAAGCAGUACGACAGGUCAUUCAUCAGCUGAAGCAGCUGGGCACCGUGUGGCAGGACGUGCUUCCAGUCAGCAUCUAUUGUAAAGCUAUGGGCAACCUGCUCAACACGGCCAUCACAGAAAUCCUCGCUAAAAUCAUGAUGCUUGAGGACAUUUCCUCUGAGGACGGUGAGCACCUCCACACGCUGUGCCAAACCGUCAUCGAGGAAGGCCCGCUGGUGUUCAUCCCUCUGGCCGAGGAGAACAAAAACAAGCGAUAUCAGGAGGAGGUGCCGCUCUACGUGAAGAAGUGGAGCACUUUCAAGGAGCUCGUCAUCGUGCUGCGAGCCAACCUGCAAGAGAUCGUUGACAGGUGGGCUGAUGGUAAGGGUCCGCUGGCCGUCGAGUUCUCCAGUUCGGAGGUGAAGAGUCUGAUCCGGGCUCUGUUUCAGAACACGGAGCGGAGAGCUGCUGCUUUGACCAAAAUCAAGUAGACUGUUGGACAAAAACAACCCAGACCACCAAGCAGACGUGUUGCACUUUUUUUUUCCCCCCUCAGCGGGAAAAUCUGACCUUGCCUUUACUCGUUUGUUUUCUGCUAAACUCUUACCUGCAUGAAAGAUUAUCAGACAGUUUAAGACGGGUGGAGGGUGUUAUUCCUGCAGAUCGACCGUACAGAACAUUUCUCCGCCUCAGAGGUGAAGAAGCUGUGGAGGUUUUCUGCUGCAUAUUCCUCCGAGCUGCUACAACCAGGAGCUUUCACCUGUUCUCGUGUGACGACAUUUCCAGACUUAAUUAAAUCUCAGCUUUGUUUAGCUUUUCUCUGGAUGGUCAUUUUUACAAGGUUCAUGUUUGACGUUUAACAUCCAAUUUGGAACUGAACUCUUCUGUUAUGUAUUUAUUUGCUCAAAUGAACCAAAUUGCAUCUUUUUUUUUUUUUUUCAACCUUGCCUACAUCAAUAACAUUUUCUCAUAAUAACGUUAACAAAAAAAACCACAUUUUAAGCCAGUUUUCAUCCAUAAAAGGAAACGUUUAGUCCUGCCAACUUGCCUUGAUAUUAUCUGAUAAUGUGUUUGGGUGGUUAUUAAAUGCUUAAAACCAUG